AUGGAUCGAUCAAGAUUUAUACAGAUAUUUCUGUUGAUUGCACUAGCCUGGAUAAUACCAGGUUUGGAAACUAGGAAAAUAUCAGGAGAUUGGCCAUGGCCGACGAGAGGACCAACAACAUUGAGAGAAGAGCAGACGACAACAAGAGAAGAGCUUACAACAGAAGGAGAAUACCAGCCAUAUUCAACAGAAGAGUGGAAAACACAGACAAAUGGACCAGAAGAGCCUACAACACAGGAUUGGGCAUGGAUGACAACAGCAUAUAGACAAACACGACCAACAACAACAACACAGCCUUGGACGAUACGGUCAACAUAUAGACCUAUUCGAUGGAUAUACAGAAGGUGUGAGUGUGGCAUCAACAUUAGGGUUAACUCAACCAGCUGUACGCACAGUGACGGUGAAGGCAGUAAAAUUCACCAGAACAACAUCAGCGAAGACACAUGCGAAGUGGAUUUUUCUGUAGAGGACCUGGGAACUCGAUAUCAAUAUCUACAAUCAGGUUGUGAAGGUUGUCUACACAUGUUGAAAGCAUGUCCGAGAGAAUGUGUCUCGAAAGCAAGGUCAUAUUGGGGAACAGAAGGAUUGUACCGUAACUUAGUAACCGACACACCAUGGGGACCGAGAGAACAACGACUGGGACAAGCAUACUGCGAACGAUACAACGGAGAAAUCCUACCUCCAGGGGCUUAUAUUUUCUCCGAGCAUACCCUACCUGAUUGUGACGAGAAGUUCACCAAUAUGAACUUCUAUGCAAAGCUUUGCUGCGCGAUGUUCGAUGUGCCGGUUGUUGGGAAAGUCCCAAUCUGGGAUUAUAACUGUAAUGGUAUCAUUGAGAAUGGCGAACAUAUUCUCGCUAAUAUCAAGGAGAGCAACGAUGUUUAG